AUGGCAAGUGCAAAGCUAUUUAGCCUCGAGGGCAAGGUAGCCAUCAUCACCGGCGCAGCGUCUGGCAUGGGCCUUGCUACGGCAAAGCUAUUCCUGGACCUGGGCGCGUCGGUGUACGGGGUGGACAUUUCAAAGGGCCCUACGGAGCUGGCAUCGUCUCCAGCCUUCGACUUUCUGCAGAUCGACCUUCGUCAAAAGGGAGCUCCGGAGCGAGUUGUGCGUGAAUGCCAACAGGCUUUCGGCGGUCGUGUGGAUGCUCUGCUCAACAUUGCGGGUGUCAUGGACACGAGCAACAGCGUCGACACUCUGGACGAGGACCAGUGGAACAAGAUCAUUGCCGUGAACCUCACCGCGCCCACGAUGCUGAGCAAACACGUCGUCAAUGCGUGUCUGGCGCAGGGCACUGGUGGCACGAUCGUCAAUAUCUCGAGCAAGGCGGGCAUCAGCGGCUCGGUGGCUGGCGUCGCAUAUACUGCAAGUAAACACGGGAUUAUUGGCUUGACCAAAAACGUUGCUUUCCGCUUCCGCUACCAGAAGAUUCGCUGCAAUGCCAUCUGUCCAGGCGGGUUCACCACCAAUAUCACGCAGUCGAUUGAUCGCACUCAGAUCGAUCAAGAGGCAACCAAGCUGAUCGAGCCCGUCAUCAAGCUUCACCAAGAAGGCUACAUGGACAAUGCCGCCAGUCCAGUCCACAUCGCCAGUUUGUGUGCGUAUCUGGUCUCAGACGCUGGCAGCGAGGUCAAUGGCGCCAUCAUUCCAGUCGACAACGCGUGGAGCUGCAUCUAA